AUGCGCCCGAUUACACUGGUUGUAAACAUUCUUGAUAAAAACGACAAUCCACCACGGUUUGCGGUCAACCCCCUGCAAGUUUCCAUCAAGGAGGAUGCCCCAGUGGGUAGUCUGAUCACUACGCUCAACGCCACAGACCCCGACCGGCCAGAGGAUCCGCAACCGGUAACCUACGCCCUCCUCAGCGUCACCGCUAUCUCCACCUUUCCGAAGGUCUACAAGACUGGGGAGAAGAUGAGCGAUGACCACCGCGAGAACAACCUGAUGCAUGAGCUGGUCAGUGGCAGCAGCAGCACCGGCGGUGGCAGCAGCAGCAGUAACCAGAACGUGAACAACUCUCAGUUCCGCCUGGAGGUUCACACUGGCCGUCUCCUGCUGAAGGAACCGCUGGACAGAGAGACGGUCUCCGAAUACCAACUGUUGGUCAGCGCCACUGAUCGGGGCAGACAGCCGCAAAGUUGCAGCCUGACGGUACACGUUCGAGUGAUCGAUGUGAACGAUAAUGCCCCGACCUUCAGUCAGCCCAUCUUUCGUUUCACGAUUGAGGAGGAGCAAGAGGCGGGUACGGUCGUGGGCGUUGUCACGGCAACAGACCCCGAUGAAGAUGAGAACGGGAAGGUCAACUACCGUCUCUUUGGCAGUACGGCUAUCGUACAGCACAACUUUGCAGUCAAUCAACACACCGGUGAGAUAACGACACGGAUGCGAUUGGACAGGGAAGUUAAUGCGGUCUACGAGUUCUUUGUCACUGCAGAGGACUCCACGCAGGCGAAACGCCUUACCAGCACCGCCAAAGUCGUUGUGGAGGUUCUGGACAUCAACGACAAUGACCCCAAAUUCAUAUACCCCACUCAGCCAAACCACACUAUUCAUGCGUCUGCAUACAGUAAAGUGUUCAGAGAUGCGUUUGGAAAAUGCAGUAAGAAAUUGCGAAACUUUUUAAAAGUAAAAAUUAAGUUUAUGGAUUUCUUCCAACGUCCGCGGGAGCAAUUUCGUUGUGUUUCCCAGGGAUUUCGGUGA